ACAAAGAAGAUUUUUUAACAUGAACAAGAUCCUUUCAACCACUCUUUGCUUUGGACUCCUAACUUUGUUAUCUGUAAUGAUAUUUUUCGAAUUGGUGCAUGGACGGCCAUAUCUUACCCAAGGAAAUGAGUUGUUUCCAGAUAAAGAAGAUGCAAACCACGAAGAACUAUUGCUGGCUCUACUGAAUAAAAAUUUUGAUUUCCAAAGACCUUCUAGCAUUGAUACAGAACUGACUGGCAAAUUGGAAGAACUUAACCAGCUGGAAAAUCUAAAAGAGCAGCUCGCAGAGGCAAAAGAUUCGGAGAUAUCCUAUGCUAUAGGUGGUCUAUCUUCUUCCCAUCCCAAUAAGCGAGAGAUACCAAAUGGGAUGUCCAAGGUGAUAGAGAACAGGUGGAAACUGAUCAAAGUUUUAAUCUCAGUGUCAAAAUGUUAUCAAUACACCAAGAAACUAGAGGAUUGUGAUCCUGACUUCAAGGAGUUACUUGGUUUGUAA